AUGGCGAGGCUCUCAGCUUGUCUGGUUCAUGCUUUUACCUUUUUCGUUCUGAUCAAUGUGGUGCUAGCUGAGUACGAACCAUAUACACCCAACUACAAAGAAACUCCCUACAAGAAACCAGUUGUGGAGGUUAUUGCCGACAUAAAUCUUCCCAAAGUUUACCCAUCACCGCCACCACCUGCUUACGUGGCUCCUGUUGUUUAUCCAUCUCCAUCACCACCUCCUCCAGCUUACGUCGCUCCCGUAGUUUACCCAUCUCCAUCACCACCACCACCAGCCUACGUCGCACCCGUAGUUUAUCCAUCGCCAUCACCACCACCACCAGCUUACGUCGCUCCCGUAGUGUACCCAUCUCCAUCACCACCACCACCGGCUUACGACACUCCCGUAGUGUACCCAUCUCCAUCACCACCACCUCCAGCUUAUGUAGCUCCUGUAGUGUACCCAUCACUGUCACCACCACCUCCUGCUUACAUUGCUCCU